AUGGCCGAGCACGCUCCUGGGCCAACGACCUCUCAUGUUGACUUCAAUUAUGGCGCCACCACCCAGGAGGCCACGCUGCUUGUCGGCGCCGCGCGGCCGGGCGCCAAACGGCAGCGAUGUUUUGCUGAAUGCGUCGCUGAGCCGGUGCCGGCAACCGAGGUGGAGGAGUGGGUCGCCUUUGUCAAGUCAAAUGGCGUGCAGUCUGUGGUCAGCCUGCUGAACGCUGACGAGGUGGCGCAGACCUACGCAGCGCCGGGCAUUGAGGAGCAGAUGAGGGCCGCCUUUGGGGAGCACUACCACCACUUUGACCUGAAGGGCUCUGCAUCCCCCGCCGACGUGCUCGCGGUGAUUGACGCCAAUGUCAAGGCGGGCCGCAAGACCCUGGUGCACUGCUGGGGUGGUGGCGGCCGCACGGGCCUGGUGCAGGCUGCGUGGCUGGCGCGCUCCAACGGCCUGAGCGCUGCCGACGCAGCGGCGGCUGUGGUGGCGCAUGCCAAGGAGCUGGGCGUGCCACGGCGCGUGGAUGUGGCCGCGCUUGAGGAGUUUCUGGCCGCUGCGGGCAGCAAGUGA